AUGGAAGGUAUAUCGGUUGAUAUUGAUGUAAAUACUGUUCGAAACCAUUAUAACUCUUCGGGCCCUAUGGACCUUAAACCUAUAGUCCACAACGCAAAGUUACAACUUAAUGAGCUAUCAGAAAUUUACAAGAAGUAUCUUCUUUAUAAAAGUGAUCCUGUUCGGAGUGCCAUAUAUGAAUUUAGCUGGGAUAAAUGUCUAGAGAAAUUAAAUGAAUAUGUGGUUCAGAUAAAACGGCUAGGCUCCGAUUUUGAGAUUCCAUCAGAAUUAAGGAAUUCAAAGCUUUCAACAUUUGUCAAGAAAUAUAGUAAUUUCAUAAAUAUCAACAAUUCAAACACAAUUUCUCGGGAUGCCUCACAACUUUCUAUGCCCGGUCAACUUAUGCAAGUGAAAUAUUUUGGUGACAUUGGAAUGGUUUUAGAUCAUAAUGACGUUCCUUCCCGCGACAAUAUUAUCUCUACCAAUAGGGUAAAUGAUACGAGGGAGAACCAUAACUCGUCAUUACCAGACCUAAUGAUAUUGGAUGAAAAUGAUAUGCCUUUUACAAAAUAUAGCGCUUCACAAUCCUUCAAAAAAGCAAAAAAAUCUUGUGCAAAACUUACCAACAAUCAAUGUUUAACUAAUCAGUGCAUUCAAUCUCGAAUUUAUAGCGGGACGGUAAAUAAAGCGUGUAUUGUUCCAAUGAAACGUCCUGCUGCUACUGUAUUGAAACGCUAUACCUUUGUACGUACGAAAUCACCACUACGUGUGUUGGAUAAGAAAUCGCGGGGGGAAAAGUGUCAAAGUCAGUUUGAAUUAUUUGAUGAGGACAAAAAUAUUCUACCUGAAUGUUUUGCCAGUGGGAGUAAAUCGAAUCCAAUUUCUCUCGUUUCGAGCGAUGAGGAGGAUGAUAUUACUUUGACAAACGGCCCUCCUGUUCACGCUGUGGUUACACAAGAAUUAGUCCAGCCGCUUGUCGUUGAGAGUCAUAAAAGAAUCGAUACUUUAAAUUUAGAAGCACAAAAAUUAGAUAUAGUGGUGAAUCCUCAUGAAGCCGUAAAUCAGAACUUCUCAACACAAAAUAUAAAGAAAUCAACUCGUAAAUCAGAAUUUGAGGUACAAUCGAUAUCUCCUCAAGAUAUUGAAAUCAAAGCGCUUUAUUUUAAACAUGACAAAGAACAAGACAUCGCGAAGAAGUUACUCUUUGAAAAGCGUGACUACAAGAUUAAAACAGCAAUGAAACAAGAAGUUUAUUUGGAUGGUCCAUCAUAUGAUAUCGACAACGUUUUGACGGUGAUUUCAUACAUGGCUUUAAACGAUAUAUUUGAUAAGUCCCUGACUUUUUCUUCAUCAGAGUCUCAGAUUGUUCAUAAAUUAAAUCAAUUAAAAUCUUACGAUUUCAAAUGUGGAAGCGGUGAUGUGAAUGAGAUUGCUUUGAAUUAUAGUAACCCUUCAGAACCAAUUAUAGCUAUGGGAUAUAUUGCGAAUGCAGAUCCAAAUUAUAACUUUCCUGGAAAUUUGCAAUUUCUUGACGUUAAGCAGGGGGCAGUUUAUAAUCUUUGGGGUCAUAUCGAGGAAGAUUCGAUUUCGAAACUAGAUGUUUGGACUACAGUAACCGAUGUCAAAAUUUCACCGGACGGAAAAUUUAUUUUUUCAGCAUCUACUGAUGCAUCUAUUAAGGUUUGGCGAACUGGCGAUGCUAAAUCUUAUCUAAAGCCUUUUAACACAAAAGUUUGCCAAUCAAAAAUACAUCGAUUGUCAGUAUGUGAAAGGCCAACGUAUGGAACAAAAUAUCAAUUUGCAUCGUGUGAGGACUCAGGGUUAGUUCAAGUUCACUUUAUAAGAAGUGACAAAAAGCAAGCAUGUACCAUGGUAUCACAAGAAUUUAUUGAGGAAAAAUGUAAUAGAGUAUCGAGCGAUGUUAAUUUUGUUUCAAGUUAUCAGGUUAUUGCAGGGUAUAAUGGCAAUUCAAGUGAUUCUACUGGAGUAGUUAAAGUUUGGGAUAUAAAUAGUAGAAAGAAGACGUGUUAUAAUAAACAAUUAAUUUCUAGUAGUGUUAGUUGCUUAGAUGUUUCACAUGAUGAAAAAUGGAUUACAUGUGGAACUACUGCUGGACUUGAAGACAGAGAAGGAGAUGGUUCUAUGCAUAUAUGGGAUAUGCUGUCUCAAACCACAUUAUGUGCAUUUACUGGUGAAAAGGAUAUUAAUAUUAUAUCAAUUUCGCCUAAUGAUCAGUAUAUUGCACUUGGUGGAAUGAUGAACACUGUAUACGUAUAUGAUAAACGAUAUUUAAAUCAAAGCUUACAUGAAUUAAAACAUGAGAAUCCAAAUGAUGGUCUUUUGCAUGAUGGAAUUAUGUCAUUGCAGUGGAUUCCUGAUAGUAACAUACUUGUUAGUGGAGGAAAUGAUAAUUGUAUAAGGAUAUGGAAUGUUACAUUAGCAUCAAGUAACAAUAUGAUUUACCAGUUUUCACAUCAUGAUAGUCCUGUUACAUCAAUUAAGAUAACAUCGGAUUUAAAUCUGAUGACUGUUGGUGUAUCUUCGGGAAAAAUGUAUGUUUAUUCAUCAAAUGAAGCAUUUAUUCAAGCAGAUAUUUAUAAUCUUAAUGUUAUAUUAGAAAUAGAAUUAUAA